UACAAUAUAUAAGUAAUAAAAUAAAUAAUUAUAAUAAAAAGAAAGAUAAUUAAUUAUUUUGUAACAAAACUUAAAUUAAAGUUAUUUUUAACUUUGCUUUUACCAUAAAAUAUCGCUAAUUGUGGAAUAAAAAAUCAUCAAUUUUAUUUUAAUGUCACAGGCUUGAAUGGAAUACCUUUACAGUCCAGCUCGACAGCUUUCUAGAAUGCUGAUGUUGCAAUACAGCAAACACGGCGAAUGUAUUCUCCAAGAAAUUGGUGCAGCAUUUCGCGGUGAAUAUCCAGCUGAUUUAUUAAUUAUAUGUGAGAAAAAGGAGAAAUUAAAAGCGCACAAAUUAGUUUUGGCAGCGGCGAGUCCUUUAAUUAGGACGUUAUUACAAGAAACUCCAGUUACAGAAGGCAUUACAACUGUUUAUUUUCCAGAUGUUGACGUUACAUAUUUUCGUUCAUUAUUAGAUUUUUUAUAUUUAGGUCAAACAUUUAUACCUGUAAAUGAUUUAGAAUAUUUACAUGAUCUUUUAUCACUUUUACAAAUAAAAUCAGGUGAUUGGAGAACAAUUGAUAAAAAGAAAUUAUCAAAUGAUAUUUUUCGAACAGCAUCACAUAAUCGACGUACAGAAAAUGCUACUGGCGAUUGUUUUUUAUAUCGUAAUACUGAAACACGUUCAACAUUUGAUAGUGCUUCAGGUAAUGAAGAUUUAGAUGUUAGAAAGAAAGCACGUUGUGUUAGUUCAGAUUCAUCACCAUCAAGAAUAUCAGUUAAACGUGAAGCAUGUUCAAAUGAAAAUAGUGGUAACAGUAGUAGUUAUGAAGAUGAACAAAAAUGUAAUAAUCGUUAUAAUGUAAAUAAUACAAGUGAAAGUGAUAAAGUUGAUGAUGAUAUUAUAAAUAAAAAUGAUGAUGAUUUAGAAAGACAAUCCCCACAUAUAAAUAUUAGGUUAAAUAAUUCAGAUGAAAAAAAUCAAAAACAUCACAAUAAUACAGAUGAAAAUAGCGAAGAUGAAGAUAUUUAUAAUAAUGAUGAAAAAGAUGAUAUUAAAUCAACAACAAGUGUAACAAAUGAACCACCAGAUAGUAUUGGUGAAAGAAGAAGAUGUUCAUCGGAUCCAGUUAAUUUAUCAUUAAAUAGAGAACGUAAAGAUGAUUCUGGUGAUGAAAAUUUGGUUAUUGAAAUGAUUCCGCAACAUAAAAAAAUUUUAAAUCCAACAAGGCUAUUAGAUCAUUUACGUACAAAAAGAAAAACAUAUUAUCAUCCACCGGAUUCAGAAAUAUUAAAACCACCAUCAGAACAUGACUUUUUACAGAUAUCACCAGAAAAUUAUGUUGUAACACCACAUCGAAAAAGACGACCAGGUUUUCAUAAUUCACCAAAUCAAAGUCAACCAUUCGUACCGUACAGUUCAUCAUUUUUAGAAGAUUUACGUAUAUUAAAUGCUCCAACAUCAACACCGCCAGUGCAAUUCAAUUCCGAUAGAAAUAUUCCAUCACCCCGAAGUACUAAUUCAAAUUCUGAAAUCUUUAAUAAUCAUCAUAGUAAUAGCAAUAAUAAUAGCAAUAAUAUAAAUACAAAUAAUAGCAGUGGUUUAAGAUCAAGACCACAAAGUCCAGAUGAUGAUAGACAUUUACCACCAAUACCACAAUCAUUUGUAUAUCAAUGGCCAACAGCUGCUGCUGCUGCAGCAGCUGCAGCAACACAUCAACCACCUUCAUCAGCAGCAAUUGCAUUAAAUAGUUUACGUACAAAUAGUAAUGUUGUUUUAGGUUUUCAAUCACCUUUACAUAAUCCCAAUGAUAGAAGUUUAACUGAUAUACAACCAGUACAAUUAUCGAAUAAUCGUAAUUGCAAUUCAAAUAGCUCAUCAAUAAGUGGUGGAACAAGUAGUGGUGGCGGUGGAGGAGGUGGUGGUGGUGGAGGAGGUGGUGGUGGUGGAACUGGUACUGGUAGUAGUACCGGUAGUGGUAAUGUAGUUAGAGAAUAUAGAUGCGAAUAUUGUGGUAAACAAUUUGGUAUGUCAUGGAAUUUAAAAACACAUUUACGUGUUCAUACUGGUGAAAAACCAUUCGCUUGCCGUUUAUGUGUUGCAAUGUUCAAACAAAAAGCUCAUUUACUUAAACAUUUGUGUUCAGUACAUAGAAAUAUUAUAAGUAUAAGUGGUGGACAAGAUUCAGUUAAUCGUUAUAGUUGUUGUUUUUGUUCAAUGUAUUUUGAAUCAAUGCAAGAAUUAGUAAGACAUUUAUCAGGACAUCAUAACAAUUUAUUGUUAAGUAAAAAUCUUCGAGAUUGAUAACAUAUUUGUAUAUAUAUAAAUGUAUAUAUAUAUAUAUAUAUAGUUAAGAAUAAUUUUAUAUACAAAUAUAUACAACCCCU